AUGGCAAUCAAGCGCUACCUCAUGAAGGAGCAUCAAGAAGCAAUUAUGUUUGAGAGCACUCCCACAAAAUUAAGCAUGAAAUGUUGUGCACACAUCCAAGGUUGCCCGUGGAGGAUCAGGGUAAUUAAACCAACGUAUGGUGAAAAUUGGAAGGUAACGAAAUGGGGUGGGAAGCACAAUUGCUUGAAUGACCAUCUUUCUCAAGAUCAUCGACAACUUGAUUCUGACGUUAUUGCAGCACUUGUAGUAGAGAUGAUACAAAAGGAACCUUCAGUGGCCAUUUCGCUCGUUCAGGAGAGGAUAACUCAUUCAUAUGGAUUCAAAGUUUCAUAUGGAAAGGCAUGGUAUGCGAAGCAGAAAGCAAUGGCAAUGUUAUAUGGUGAUUGGAAGGAAUCCUAUGCAUUUUUACCCAGCUGGUGUGAAUAUAUGCUUCGUUUUUCACCAGGUUCCUUUUACAAUAUUCAAACACAGGAUUGUUUUGUUGCGGGGCAGUUGGUUCCCGGAAAACGUGUAUUUGUUCGUUGUUUCUGGACUUUCAGACAAUGUUGUGAGGCAUUUAAAUUUUGCAAACCAAUGAUACAAAUUGAUGGCACUCAUCUAUACAGAAAAUAUAAGGGAAAGUUGUUGAUUGCCACAGCUCAAGAUGGUAAUAAUGAAUGUGUGCCACUUGCAUCUGCCGUUGUUGAGGGUGAGACAUUGGAGGCUUGGUCGUACUUUCUUGCCAAUCUUCGUCAGCAUGUCACACAAGCGCAGAAUAUAUGUCUAAUUUCAUACCGGCAACCACCCCAUGCAUUUCAUGUGUUUUGCCUGCGACAUGUUGCAAGCAAUUUUAAUCAACGAUUUAGAAAUGACAAACUGAAGGCUAGCCUGAUGAAUAUAGGAUAUACUCCUUGCAUGGUGGAUUUUGAGAGGUCGCUAGCACGAUUUCGUGACACAAGCAGGCAGGUAGCGGAAUGGAUUGAUGCCAUCCCUAAGGAAAAGUGGUCGCGUGCACAUGACCUUGAUGAACGAAGAUUUGGGCAUAUGACAACAAACUUGGUAGAAUCCAUAAACAGGGUGUUAAAGGGAGCAAGAAACAUGCCCAUUACUGGUCUGGUAAAAUUUACAUACAGUAGAUUGGUUCAAUAUUGCGUGGAAAGAGGUCAAUCGGCUUGUAGACAACUUGAAUCUGGUCAUACUUAUUGCAAAAAUGUGAUUGAAUCAUUGACACAUAAUGAAUCCGUGGCAAUAAUGCAUACUGUGCGUACAUAUAAUGUUGAUGAAACUGUUUUUGAGGUGGAUGCAGGGUUUGAAAGGACAUAUGCUGUCAACCUUACUGCUCGUACAUGCCAAUGUGGACAAUUUAAAGCAUUUAAAUAUCCUUGUAGUCACGCCGUUGCUGCAGCGUUAUCCAUUCGUCGAAAUUAUCGACAAUAUAUAGAUGAUGUUUUCAAGACGUCAAACUUGGUAAAGGCGUACUCAUUUCCAUGGCAACCAAUCGGCAAUGAGCAAGCAAUUCCACCCAAUGCAGGUCCUGUGGUAAUACCAGAUAAAAAUAUGUUGCGGGCAAAAGGUCGUCCAAAGUCUACAAGAAUACGGAACAAGAUAGAUGAGGUUGAAACUAUUACAUCACGCAUGUUAUGUGGUCUUUGUAAGCAACACGGGCACAAUCGUAGGUCGUGUCCUAACCGUGAAAAUAAUGCAUGA